AUGGAGACUACUGGGGCUUAUGGAAUAAGAUGGCAUGGCAUCUCGGGACAAAUUGAAAGGAAGGAAUUACAAUGGAUACUUGGUGGGGCAGGUGGUGAUGGAUAUGUGGAUAAUGGUAGGAUUCAGACAAAAGAAAGGAUGGAUAUUAUUGGAGAGAAAUAG